UAGUCAUACAGGUCAUACUCAUGCAUGCCACUUAUGUGUGAAUUACCAAAAAGUUUGCAUCAUAACAUACGCGGUUAAAAGUCGUGUGAUUUACUUGUAAUAAAUAAACACGUGCGUAAAAGGAUAAUGUUUACUUGCAACGUGACAACUAAACUAUCUAGCUCACUCGCUUCCUUGAAUUUCGUACGUCAUGUGUAUUCUGCGAAACAGAAAAUUAGGUGGAAAGACGCACAGGGUAAUCCCGAGGGAGUAAAAUAUGGGAAUGUUACGUAUUUUCCAAGACGUCCAGAUCAUGUUGAUCCGCCAUUCCAGCCGAGUAAACUGUUAUUAGUGACACGGGUAAAGCCUUUUGCGGGUAAUCCUUGGUGGGACAAAGAGGUGCUCGUAAACUUAGGUUUCAAAAAUAAGAAAUACGCAAAUGCUCCAGUGAUCGUAAAAAACACGCCAGAGAUAUGUGCCAUGCUCUGGAAGGUGAAGCAUCUGGUAAAGAUCGUUCCCAUAAAGUUACCCGACCAAUUGCCAACCACGGACGAUCUAAAUGGCACAUAUUUACACGAGAAUGGCACGUUUUAUGUUAUACCGAAAGUAGACCCUGCUCGCGAAGAAGCCGUGGAAAGAUUUGUAAACGAUCCGAAAAAGCUUAAUCGCGAUAUUAUACAAGACAAACUGAGGCUUAAGUGGUUACAAGGACAUAUUGUGUAGAUACUAAAUUUGAUAAUAAAAAUAAAUAGUAAGCUAUUGACAUAA